AUGAGUAUCAAAUAUCUGUCAUUUUCACCUCAAUUGGGAUAUGUUCUUGGUUUUGCAAACCCUCAACAUGUCCAAAAUAAUGAGAUUGCCAAGUAUGGGUGUGAUUUAAGAGGAGGGUUUUCUAGCUUUGCAAUCUACGCAAAGGGACUUACUGAAAAUAUGAUUGUUGGAAAUUCUCUCAGCUCCUUACUCCGAAUCGCUUCUCCUUUCCUCCUCUAUCCUACUCCUCUCAUCUUCUCCUCUCUGAUACUACUCCUCUCCUCAUUCUCCUUCUUUCUCCUCCCAAUCUUAUCUUCUCUAUUUUUUCCUCCUCCUCCUCCUUCCUACUCCUCCCAUCUGCUCUGA